AUGUUCAAAUUGUUUGUCCUUGCUGCUCUCUUCGCUGUUGCCACAGCCCGUCCCGGUUAUUUGGGUUCCUCCCCUGUGUUGUAUUCCUCCCCCACCUACAUCCAAGAACCUGCCUUUGCCAGUUAUGGUUCUAUUGUUAAAUCGAUACCCACUGCAGUUUCUCAUCAAUCCAUCUCCCAAGUGCACUCCUCCGCUCAUUAUGUACAACCCAUUGUAGCUCCAAUUGUAAAGACCACUUAUGUUGCUCCAGUACACACCAGUUAUGCUGCCGCUCCCUUAUACAAAACUUAUGCUCAUGAGGCUCCUCUCUUGCACAGCUACAAUGCUGGUACCGUAUUGAAGUCAUAUGCUCCCACUUAUGGCGGUCACUACUCCCAGUGGUAA